AAUUUUAGAAGUGGCCUUCAUUAAAGAGAUGUUUUAUAGUUUCAAGUUAAAAUGCAGACAGAAAAGUAAUAUUAUAUGGCAUCUUUGCGAAAAAUUAAAAAGAAAUUGAAUGUGGAAAGUUCACUGUACUGUAAUCUACUCACUGACUCACUUUCACUGAGACUCAAAUUGAUGAAGUCACAAUCAUCACCGAAUCGAGUCUGACUGAGACUACAGACUACAGGUACUAUCAACAUGUUAUUUGUUGUUACUGUAACUGUAUGUGCAUGUAAAAUUCUAUAUCAAAAUUUAUCACUGAAAUUUAAAAGAUAAACAGAUUAUUUAAUCAAACUCAUACUUAGCACUCAAACUUGAGUUGAGUCAAGUCUAAAUUCUAAAAAUAAAUCAGUGCCCUGCAACCUUUUUUCUCAUAGUCCGCAGGGCUCACUUGAGCCCUUAUCAGAACUCUGUGGCAAAAUGAACAAGUAAAAAAAGCAUAUGCCAUACAAUACUAAUUUUUAAUUAUAUAUAGGGCUAAAAUUAAGUACGAAUGCCACGAUCUCCUUUGCGUGUUUAUUUAAAGUAACCAUGAAUUAGGGUUCAGGUUAGGUUUAGGGAUAUAUUUAGGGUUCAGGUUAGGUUUAGGGAUACAUUUACUUAGAUUUAGUGACAGAAUUAACUGGUCUUGUCAACCAAGGUGGCGGCCAUUGGAAAAAAAAGUUUAGUAAAAUCAAAGUUCCCUUUCACUCUUUCAGUCAUGAUCAUUGUUAGAAAUAUGAUUUUCAAUCAUGAUCACUUAACAUUUUUAUGAGAAUAGUGAAUUGUAUCCUGAAUAGUCGAAAACAUUGUUCAUAUAUAUGUUAAAACAAAACAAAAUGCAGCAACAAGAAAAACAACAAACAAGCCCAGAAAUGCAAUAAUUUUUUUUAUUUCCAGCAAGAGGAUUGAAUAAGAAGACAGCAAGAUAUUUUUCAUAUGAUGGCUCCUAAUAAUCAUUUUGCCACUCUUGGUCUCAGCAUAGGAGCUGAUGAAAACCAAAUUAAAAAAGCUUAUAGAACUCUUGCUAAAAAAUGGCAUCCUGACAAAAAUCAUGAAGCAGGUGCUAAAGAAAAAUUCCAAGAAAUAGCAGCCUCAUAUGAGUAUUUGUCGAGCAAAGACCGACGUGAAAUGCUGGAGAGAGAAUUACGGAAACCAGCUGCUCCAGCCCCGCCAAAAGCUCCACAGUCCACCCCACAAACAUC